AUGUAUCAAGCAGAUCUAAAGGGAGUAGAACAAGCAGAGGAGAAAGCAGAUCCCGACCAAGUCAAGGGAAUCCGUCCGGAGGUCUAUUCGAAAGAAGGAUGGAAGCCCAAAAAGGACGUCGAGCUAGUACCCCUUGAUCCUGACAAGCCAGAGAGAAAAGUGCAGAUUGGCUCGAGCCUAAGCCAGGAGGAAAAAGCAGAGCUUGCAGCCUUCCUCAAGAACAACAAAGACGUAUUUGCAUGGUCGCCAUCUGACAUGCGAGGCAUCGAACCCCAGAUCAUCUGCCAUCGCCUACACGUCAACCCAGCUAUCAAGCCGAUAGCACAGAAGAGACGCAAUUUCGCCCCCGAGCGGGUUGCCAUCAUUGAAGCCGAGAUUGACAAGCUCCUAGCUGCAGGUUUCAUUGAAGAAGUCUCCUAUGUAGAAUGGCUCGCGAACGUUGUUCUAGUAGCAAAGAAAGAUAAAGGCCUGCGGAGAGUGUGCGUCAACUACACUGACCUCAACAAGGCAUGCCUUAAAGACAACUUUCCAUUGCCAAGAAUUGAUCAGCUCGUCGUUUCAACUUCCGACAAUCAAUUGCUAAGCUUCAUAGACGCCUACUCCGGCUACAAUCAAAUCAUGAUGCAUGAAGACAAUAAGGCAAAGACCUUCUUCAUCAUCGAAAGAGGUACUUACUACUAUAAAUUCAUGCCCUUUGGGUUGAAGAAUGCCGGAGCAACCUACCAAAGGCUAGUGAACAAAAUUUUCAAGGAGCAAAUCGACAAGACUUUACCUUCGUGCUUAACCGAUCCAUUAGCCCAUAUUAAGGAAUUCUACAAUGUUGUGAGUGGUUUACCUUUGCAAGGAGUGAGCGAAGCAAAUAUGAGGAUAAGGGUUUUUCCUUACACAUUGAAAGAUAGAGCAAAGGGUUGGCUAAUGACUUUAGCACCUAGUUCGCUCACCACUUGGGAUGCCGUAGCUAAGAAAUUUUUGGAGAAGUUUUUCUCUACUAAAAAGACAGCUACUUUGAUAGGGCAAAUAUUUAACUUUAAACAAGAUGAUGGAGAACCCUUCAAUGAAUGUUAG